AUGAAUCGGGUCCAGGAGCUGUUGUUUUCUGUUGCUCAUUUCGACCUGGAGUUUGGCGUUUGCGGCGUUUGUGAAUCUGUGGUCCUACCAGUCAGCCUGCAGGCACCCGUGGAAACCUUUGUGCCAUCCAACGCCCUGUUCUCUUCCGUCGUCGUUGGUUCUCUACCCACUGGAAACCUCUCGACAUCUUGGAAGAACACGACAGACUAUACUGGCUGGCGCAAAGUCAAAGCACCCCGGAUUUCUCAACGUGUUGGCGCAAUUCAAGGCCAAAGGAAAGGUCUAAAAAAGACAUCGAGCAAAGAGCUCGCCUGCCUGAUGGCGUCUUCCGAAGUGGAUCAAAAGUUCCUCGGCAAGUUUGCCAAGACAGUCGAGCCUGAGAAUCCUCUCCUGGCAUCGAUGCUCUUCAAGAUCUUAGGUCUUUCCAUAAGUCUUUCUCAGCAGCUGGUAAAGGCCCGGAAACAAAGACGACUUGAAACCUCCCGGGGGACAUCGACGCCUUCAUUAGAUCUCUACUUUCAUAUAAUAUGGCUUUCAAAUCAAGGCCUGGUCAUGCUGGAACAGUACGUCCUGCCCUUGGUGGGGCACUACGUCGAGUUGAAGGUGCUUGCGUACAAGCUGCGGGCUUCUUUUUACCACAUCUUUGUUCUCUUCCAUAACCAACCUCCAGUAUCAACUAUGAGCGCCACCUCGCCUGAGAUUAAGAGUCUAACAAACGAGCAACAUCGUCUCGAUAAAGGCAAGGGCCCCGCGAGUAACGACUACGGCUUUGAUGUUAGAGAGAGCAUCACUGGGCAAUCAAACAACCAAAUAGAAGGGGGACCCGUAGGUGGGACAGUGCGUCCACCACCUGGAUUUGCGCCUGAAGCACCGGCAUCUUUUCUUCUUCCCGCUGGUAACUUUCUGCCCGUGGCGCACACCUACUUUAAGCAGGCGGUGUCAAUGGCGGAAGAGCUGCUAUGGGGAUCGCACUCGUUACGGCUAUCAGUCAAGACCGAGUAUGCCGCAUUUUUGUACGAAUGCAUGCACGACGGACCGGGCAGUCGGAAGCUGGCCAAGGACACGAUCACAGAGGUGUACGAGGCAUCAGAGGGCAUCGAUAACGAUAUGUUCAACGACGCUUGCGAGCUUGUGACGGUUUUGGGACGUAUGAUGAAGCGUGGUUUAUCAUCGUCCAAGGAUGCGUUGCCAAGUCCAAACGAGGAAUCCAACAAACUACCAGAUGGAGCCAACUCGUCACAUAAACAACAAGCCUCACAGGACUCUGGGGGCUCGGGGCAGGCGUCAUCCUUUACCAUGCCAGCACCGCCACGUGUCACAUCAGGGUCGAAACCACCUCCCAUGCCACCAGCUACCGCGGCGACCUCGAUACCCCCGCAAAACACCGGCAUUCCUCCAGGCUUUAUAUGA